AUGUCUUCAAGCAUCACCCUUAAUCUCAAACCUCGAGGCAAGCCGAUCCCAAAGCUUCCUCAAGAGCUUUCAAUUGAUCCCGAUGCCCUCGGCUCAGAGUUAUACGACAGCAUAUCCCAGCAGUCCAGACUCUCCGUUGACCGCCUGAGAGUCACCAAGGCCAGCGAUGGCACAGUAAUUCACAACAGAAAAGAUGCCACCAUACAUUCGACCGGUCUCAGAAACCAGAGCACUAUCUACGUGAAAGAUCUAGGUGCCCAAAUCGCCUGGCGAACGGUCUACAUGAUCGAAUAUUUUGGCCCCAUCUUCAUUCACCCCUUAUUCCUUCUCCACUCCUUACGCCCCUACAUCUACCGUACCUCCAACCCGUCCCCUGUCACGAACCUUCAGAUUCUCAAUUGCGCCCUUGUGAUACUCCAUUUUGUGAAACGUGAACUGGAAACCGCCCUUGUCCACCGUUUCGGCCGCGUGACCAUGCCCGCAAUGCAUGUCCUCCGCAACAGCGCGCACUACUGGCUCCUUUCAGGUGUUAACAUUGCCUUCUGGAUUUAUGCACCUACCUCUACAAUCGCAUCAAAGACCAUUGAAUCCGCGAACCCGCUUCUUCUCUACUCAGGCCUGGCCCUUUAUGUCUUUGGUCAACUAGCCAAUCUGAACACCCAUAUCGUACUGCGAAACCUCCGACAACCUGGUACGACGGAGCGGGGAAUCCCAUCCGGCUUCGGUUUUAGCUGGGUGACGUGCCCCAACUACCUGUUUGAGGUGAUUGCUUGGAUUGGUAUGUAUCUAGUGAGCGGAUUGAAUUGGAGCGUAUUGCUCUUUAUACUCGUUGCGUGUCUCCCAAUGAUUACGUGGGCGAAACAGAAGGAACGUAAAUAUCGCAGUGAAUUCGGCGACAAGUACAAGAAAAAGCGGUUUGUUAUGUUUCCAGGGAUAAUCUAA